AACUCGCUUUGCUUAAGCCCCCCCCCCGAGCCUCGGCCUGCAGUGGCGCCUCAAUCCGGAAGUUCUUCUGGGAGUUUCUCCCUUUCCCACGUGGUGCGGCGGAGUGGCCGGUGUAGGGGUCGGGGUGGGGGCCCGAGGUCUUCGGAAGGCGAAUUGACUCCCCGGCGCGGAAAAUGAGGGUGAAGGUUCUCAGCAGGAACCCGGACGACUAUGUGCGCGAAACCAAGCAGGACCUUCAGCGGGUUCCACGAAAUUACGAUCCUGCGUUACAUCCGUUUGAAAUUCCACGGGAAUACACAAGGGCACUAAAUGCAACUAAAUUAGAUCGUAUAUUUGCGAAACCUUUUCUUGCAUCAUUAGAUGGUCAUCGGGAUGGAGUUAAUUGCAUAGCUAAACAUCCACAGAGCUUGUCUACAGUUCUGUCUGGAGCAUGUGAUGGAGAGGUUAGAAUCUGGAACUUGAUGAAGCGUGUAUGCAUCCGUACAUUGCAAGCACAUGAGGGCUUUGUAAGAGGAAUGUGUACCCGUUUUUGUGGCACCUCUUUCUUCACUGUAGGUGAUGAUAAAACAGUGAAGCACUGGAAAAUGGAGGAGCCAGCUUAUGGGGAAGCAGAAGAACCAAUAAAUACCAUUCUUGGAAAGACAGUGUACACUGGAAUUGAUCAUCAUUGGAAGAAACCUAUAUUUGCUACUUGCGGUCAUCAAGUUGAUAUCUGGGAUGAGCAGAGAACUAGUCCUAUAUGUUCUUUGACUUGGGGAGUCGAUAGCAUAAACAGUGUUAAAUUCAAUCCAAUUGAGAUGAAUCUUUUGGGAAGCUGUACUUCAGACAGAAAUAUUGUGCUGUAUGAUAUGAGACAAUCAACUGCCCUAAAGAAGGUUAUUUUGGAUAUGAGAACAAAUACACUUUGCUGGAAUCCCAUGGAAGCUUUCAUUUUCACUGCAGCAAAUGAGGAUUACAACUUAUAUACUUUUGAUAUGCGGUUCCUUGGCAAGGCUUUAAUGGUUCAUAUGGACCAUGUGUCUGCAGUCCUGGAUUUGGAUUAUUCCCCUACAGGAAAAGAAUUUGUGUCGGCCAGCUUUGAUAAAUCUGUUCGCAUUUUUCCUGCAGACAAAGGUCAUAGCAGAGAGGUCUAUCAUACAAAGAGAAUGCAACAUGUCAUCACUGUCAAAUGGACAUCAGACAAUAAGUACAUUUUGUGUGGCUCUGAUGAAAUGAACAUUCGUUUGUGGAAAGCAAAUGCUUCUGAAAAGCUGGGUGUGCUUGCUCCUCGAGAGAGAGCUGCUAUUAACUAUAAUCAGAAACUGAAAGAAAAAUUCCAGCAUCAUCCCCAAAUCAGACGUAUAAAUCGCCAUCGUCACUUACCAAAGAUGAUCUAUAGUCAAGCCAAAGAGCUACGCAUCAUGAAAGAAGCUCGUCGGCGAAAGGAACUGAACCGUCGUAAACAUAGCAAGCCUGGAUCUAUACCACUUGUGUCAGAAAAGCAGAAACACAUUAUGGCUGUAGUAAAAUAAUCAUAUAUAAAAUUACCAGGGGUACUGAAUUUCUAUGGAUAUCAUUUAUAUGUGAGAUAUAUUUCUUUGUUACAAGAUAUAAUGCAAAACUGCGUUUUGAUAUUAUGAAAACAAUAAAUUGAAACUGUAGUUGCUAUAGUGUGGCUAAUUGUGGUAUCUUUAUAGUAUUUAUUUUGCUGCAUGGCUUGUAAAGAGCGAGAGUGAAAGUAUCUUGAAAAGUACAUGGAAAUAAUGCAUACUAAAGGAUAUGGAACUAACUCAGAAUAUUGCAAUACGUUUUCCAAAAUAUUAAGUUGUAGUGUCUUAAAAGGAUGUGAAACAAAAUAUUCUUAGAUUGGCAAACUUGCCUCUCAAAUAUUUGGGCACCAUUUAAUAAAGACAAACUGCACAAAACCCCUUUUCCAUAGUAAGCUAUGUGUCCUGAUUCAGCCUACCAAAUAAUAUAGAGAUAAUCCUCAACUUAUGACCACAACUGAGCCCAAAAUUUCUGUUGCUAAGCAAGACAGUUGUUAAGUGAAUUUUGUCACAUUUCACAUUCUUGUCACAGUUGUUAAGUAAAUCACUGCAACUAUUAAGUUAGUAAAACGGUUGUUAAAUGAAUUUGGCUUCCUCAUUGACUUGCUUGUCAAAGUUAUAAAAGAUUACACAUUUUACCCCAGGAUACUGCAACCGUCAUAAAUACAUGCCAGUUGCCAAACAUCCAAAUUUUGAUCAUGUGACUGUGGGCAUGCUGCAAUGGUCAUAAUUGUGAAAAACAUAAGUCACUCUUUUCAGUGCCAUUGUAACUUUGAACAGUCACUAAACAAAUGGUUGUAAGUUGAGAACUAUCUGUAUUUUCAUUUUCUGUAUGUGUUAAUAAAAUUGUUGAAUAGAAAUAUACAGCUGCCUAUAUGUAAAAUGUGAAAUAAUUAUUAACAUUUUGAAUGUGAUUACUGUUAAUAUUUUAUAUUAACUGUUGAUUCAUAUAGUUUGUUUAUAGCAUAAUAUGGAAAUUAAUAACAUAUCUGAAGUUUAAGAAGUUAAUUUUUGGCUGUAUUAUUUUCAGUAACAACACUGAAAUAUGUUAAGUAUGGACCAACUAUAGAAUAUUAAUAUUUUUAUACUUUUAUCCUGCCUUUUUAUAUAUAACUGCAUCAAACCAUCCAUCUAAUAUAGUCAUUAAAAUACUGUAAUCA